UACUGCUAACUGAAAUCAAGUAACUAGUCUAGCUAAACAUUCACAAACCCUUUAAAAUUGUUUAGAUACACAUUGUUCAGCCAUGUCCAGAGUGACCAAGGGCUUUGCCCGCCUGAUAAAUCCGGGCGUGGUGCUCAAUCCGGAGCUGAAUCAGAAGAUAGCCGCCUUCGAGACCAUGAGCGCCGAGCGAUCCGAACUGGAUCGGGAACUGGGAAGAUUGCGCAAAAAGCAGGACGAAACAGAGGAUAAUCUGGCCGAGGCGUUGGCCGAGGACGAGUUUCAGUGCAAUUUGAGGGGCCAGUCGUUCACGGGUCCCAACGAGGAUGAGCUGCAGGAAAUACUCAGGAGUCACCUCAGCGGAAUUAUCAACAAGCUGGCGACCAAGUAUGAGCGACUUGUCUACCUAGAUGCCGACAUCAGGAAGCUCAAGGGGACCAUUGAAAAGGCCAUCACAGUGGCCAACGAAGAAUCUGCCGCCGCAGCCGCAAUGUGAAAUAGCCUACCACUUUUUGUACUUCUACUUAAAAUUGUUGUUUAAUUUACACACACGUAAUGUUGUCUAAGGAAGGCUUCGUCACCUCUGCAAAUGUUUCAAAAUUUUCCUAGAAGCAAUUAAAUCAGGGAUAAAAUAUUAUCAAGCUUAAACCCAAAAUCCUUAAAAGGUAUCCUAGCUUUGCCAUUUGAUGCUUGCCAAAAUAUCUCAAUUCAUUUUGCUGGGCAUCUUAAAUUACUUGGGUGAAAUUAAAGCCGCAACAAUCUCAUUUCCGGUCAUUUUUAACGCACUCUCGCACAGACAAUUCAGCAAGGACCAGAAGACACUGCAAAUUUAAUUGCGUAUACGCACAGUUGCCACUGCAGUCGCGGCCACAGUUUCCUCCGCGCCAGCAGAUACGCUCUGCUGACUUUAUCGUUAAGUGCAUAAAUUCAAUAAUGCCGAGCGUCUGGUGGUGUCAACGCGCUGCGGAAGACAUAGACUCACCGGAUCGAUAAAACUGCAAUUUGAAAAUUAAUGGACUUUUCUGUGCCAUUAAAAUAUCUGGUUUUCGUUUCGCCACAAAAUCUAAAGCAAAUCGCUUUUGUUAUAUUAAAUUUUAAUAAAUAUUGUUUAAUAAUCUUUUAUUUAAUUAUA